AUGAGCAAAAUGUCAGGGGAGGAGGAGUUUUAUCUGUUCAAGAACAUCUCCUCGGUGGGCCCGUGGGAUGGGCCUCAGUACCACAUUGCCCCGGUCUGGGCCUUCCACCUCCAGGCAGCCUUCAUGGGCUUUGUCUUCUUUGCAGGGACGCCACUCAAUGCCACUGUGCUGGUGGCCACAUUGCGCUACAAAAAGCUGAGACAGCCCCUCAACUACAUUUUGGUCAAUGUGUCCCUGGGGGGCUUCCUCUUCUGCAUCUUCUCCGUCUUCACUGUCUUUAUUGCCAGUUGCCAGGGAUACUUCAUCUUCGGCCGCCAUGUUUGUGCUUUGGAGGCCUUCCUGGGCUCUACAGCAGGUCUGGUAACGGGCUGGUCACUGGCCUUCCUAGCCUUCGAGCGCUACAUCGUCGUCUGUAAGCCCUUCGGCAGCUUCCGCUUCAGCUCCAGGCAUGCACUGAUGGUGGUUCUGGCCACCUGGACCAUUGGUAUUGGCGUCUCCAUCCCACCCUUCUUCGGCUGGAGCCGGUUCAUCCCCGAGGGCCUGCAAUGUUCCUGUGGCCCCGACUGGUACACCGUGGGCACCAAAUAUCGCAGCGAGUACUACACCUGGUUCCUCUUCAUCUUCUGCUUCAUUGUGCCCCUCUCCCUCAUCUGCUUCUCCUACUCUCAGUUGCUGGGGGCCCUUAGAGCUGUUGCAGCCCAGCAGCAGGAGUCGGCUUCCACCCAGAAGGCUGAGCGGGAGGUGAGCCGCAUGGUGGUGGUGAUGGUGGGGUCCUUUUGUCUCUGUUAUGUGCCCUAUGCUGCCCUGGCCAUGUAUAUGGUCAACAACCGUAACCACGGGCUAGACUUACGGCUUGUCACCAUUCCUGCCUUCUUCUCCAAGAGCGCAUGCGUCUACAAUCCCAUCAUCUACUGCUUCAUGAAUAAGCAGUUCCGGGCUUGCAUGAUGGAGAUGGUGUGUGGGAAGUCCAUGACAGAUGAGUCUGACGUGUCCAGCUCCCAGAAAACAGAAGUUUCUACUCUCUCUUCUAGCCAAGUGGGCCCCAGCUAG